GACCCACCUCCGGUUCUUAGGACAACAACGUAGUGCACAAACUGCACAUGGGGAGCAGUAGUUAAUGAAACAUACAGUAGUUUUGUUGCCUUAGGAUUUUUUUCUAAAUAAUUUUGAACUUGUAAAUCAGACGUUAUUAUUAUGGGUAAGAAAAAGGCUGGCGGAGGAGGCGUCGCACUUGGCAGAUCUCUGAUAAAGGAGAGACUCCAGGCAGGCCGAGGAAAGAAGAGGGGCGACUCAUGGCUCCACACCAGUGAGCUGAAUGACGGCUACGACUGGGGACGUCUGAACCUGCAGUCAGUGACAGAACAGAGUUCCAUGGAUGACUUUCUGGCAACUGCCGAAAUGGCAGGAACAGAGUUUGUUGCAGAAAAACUCAACAUCAAGUUUGUGCCAGCGGAAUCUAGAGCAGGCCUGUUAACAGCUGAGGAGAAAACCAGACUGAAGAAGCUGCAUGAGGACAACAAGCAUUUCCUUAGGAUUCCGCGACGCCCGCACUGGGAUGAAAGUACCAGUUCUGAUGCUCUUCAGCAGGCAGAGAAAGACAGCUUCUUGGAGUGGCGACGAGAGCUUGCACAGCUGGAAGAAGAACAGAAGCUAAUUCUCACCCCAUUUGAGAGGAAUCUGCAGUUCUGGAGACAGCUGUGGAGAGUGAUUGAGAGAAGUGAUGUUGUCGUUCAGAUUGUUGAUGCCAGAAAUCCUUUGCUGUUCCGAUGUCCUGACCUGGAGUUGUAUGUGAAAGAGGUAUCGGAGAAUAAGGUGAACAUGGUCUUGGUGAACAAGGCCGACCUGUUAACUAGACAACAGAGGAAAUUGUGGGCCAAAUACUUUGAGAAAGAGGGGCUGAGGGCAGUUUUCUGGUCUGCUCUAGCUGAGGCCAACAGACUUGAUGCAGAGGAAAAGGGCAUGGAGGUGGAGGAUCCGGAGGGUGGAGAGAGUGACGCAGAAGAUGAAGUAAAGCCAGACAAUGACAACCCGAGCCACAUGGGGGCAGAUAGAGAAGAGGAAGUGAGGGCGGAGGAGGAAGAUGAGGAGGAGGAUGAUGAUGAAGAGGAGGAGGAGGAGGAAGGAGAGCAGAGUGCUACAGAUGAUGAGCAGCAGGAAAAGAUAAUUGUAGACGAGGAGGAGUGGUACACCUGCUCAGAAGAUGAAGAAGAGGGUGAAGAGGAACGGACUGUUGGUUCAUCCAGUGAAUCCUUAUUCCACAACUCCAGCCGUCUGCUGCAUAAGGAUGAGCUGCUGGACGUGUUCAAAGCUGUUCACAACAGACCGAGGUGUAAAGAAGGACAACUGACAGUUGGACUGGUUGGUUAUCCUAAUGUGGGGAAGAGUUCCACCAUCAACACUAUUCUAAGGAACAAAAAGGUGUCUGUUUCUGCCACUCCUGGACACACAAAGCACUUUCAGACCCUGUUCGUGGAGCCAGGCCUGUGCCUUUGUGACUGUCCUGGUCUGGUCAUGCCCUCCUUUGUCUCUACUAAAGCUGAGAUGAUCUGCUCGGGGAUCCUGCCCAUUGAUCAGAUGAGAGAUCACGUUCCUGCAGCUUCUCUUGUGUGUCAGCUCAUCCCUCGUCACGUGUUAGAAGGCACCUAUGGCAUAAACAUAAUCCGACCGCGAGAAGAUGAGGAUCCCGACAGACCCCCGUCUUCUGAGGAGAUGCUGAGGGCUUAUGGAUACAUGAGAGGUUUUAUGACGGCACAUGGACAGCCCGAUCAACCCAGGUCAACCCGGUACAUUCUGAAGGACUAUGUUAAUGGAAAACUUCUCUACUGUCAUCCUCCUCCUCAUAUUAAUGCUGAGGACUUCCAGCCACAGCACAACAAAUUCCUAAAAAGAGAUUCAGACUGUGACUUUUCUUCUGCCAAAAAACAACAGAAAAUACAGAGGAUUGAAAAUCCGGUUGACUCAAACUUCUUCCAUCAGGAGAAUGUGCGGGCACUCUCCAGGGGGGUUCAGUCUGUCAUGGGUUACAAACCAGGCAGUGGACCUGUCGCCCCAGGUAACGCAGGAUCUGAGGUUGUGCCUGGCAAACCCUGGAAAAAACACGGCAACCGGAACAAGAAGGAGAAAGUACGCAGGCUUACCAAACAUAUGGAUGCCUAAAUAUACAAUAUUAAAAAAAGCAGGAAAAACAAUCUACAGUUCACAUGUGAUUCCAAAGGAAUUAAAACCGUUGUGAUGUUAGCUAAUGAAGUUCAUGAUUUACUUCUCUGGUUCAAAGACCAUGUCAGGGAAAUACAUCUUAUCAUUUUUGUC